GUUUGAAGCCGUUCAGCAGGAGAUGAGGAGGGAGUUGAAGAAGAUGACUGAGAACGCGAUCAAGCAGCAAGAGGAGUUCAACAAGGUCAGACUGCAUCUGGAGGAGGAAAUCAAGAGCUUGCGCUCUGCUGCGUCAACACCUGUUGCGGCGCCCGCUGGUCCAUCUGCCGUCGUUCCUGGUGCUGAUGAAGCUUCUCGUGGGUUGCUUCGGAAUGGUAUAGAUAUCUUCAAUGAUGGAGAAAGCAUCUCAGAUCCUACCAGAAUGCACUACUUGUUCGCCUUCGGCUAUUCUAUCGCUUCGCUUUUCUAACUACAGGCGCGGACCCCAACUUCGCUAACCGACGGGGAACCUCUUCGUCGAGCUCUUCCAAUAGAUUGCAGCAGAGUCGCGAAGCGAUCGCGCAACAAGCUCAGGAGAUCAUGCAUCCUCAACCAUAUGUACGCCAGACGCGGCCUGCUGUUUCAAUGGAUGCUUUUGCACGGGGUCAACAGACGGCGG